AUCAAGUUUAAGACAGCCAAAAGGCAUCUUCAGGCUGAAAGCGGCUCUCCUCUCUAAUUCCGGCAAGUGGGUGGUAUCGCCUUCUAAAAUCAACCCAAGACCUCAAACAAUACAUUUAAGUCAGACAGAAUCUGGAAUCUAAUUUAUUUUCUCAUCAAAUGCAAUGUCUGCCACAUCCAAAGUCGUUUUCCUCGGAGCCUGCAUUUCAACGGGUGGUGUUAUUGGUUACGUGCAUUACAAACAGAACUACGAUAGAGCAAGGUUACACGAUGGAGUAAUAAGAGAUAUCCAACGACAGCAACAGCGUAAAAUUGAAAACACUUAUAAUCUGCAGCAGCAAAUCGAACUAACCAAGCAGUUGAAGCAGGAGCUGCAGCAAAGAGAAGAACAGGAGGCUCGUUUGAUGGAAUUCAAAUCCUAACCGUACGAACGCGUUUCCAAUAAUCCGCAGAGUAGUAAAUAUUAAUACAUUGUUUCAUUACAUUUUAGUA